GCUCAGCUGUUAAACCUCUCCUGCGUUUCCUCCACGCAACUUCUCAGCCGCUCCUGCAGCUGCAGCUCCUGAAACGUGGCCUUGACUUGUUGAAAGUGCAGGGUUGGAACCUCGUGGGUUUUAAGUCUUUGACAACUCGAUCAUAUUUGGACUUUGGAGGGGAAGGCCUGCAGUUUGCAGAGAAAGCAACCCCAGGACGACUGGAAACUGAACUCUCAUCAGCGUGGUGAUGGAAAAGACUGCUUUGGACUGCAGUGAGACCUGGUCCAGAGGAGCUCAGUCUGAAACUCAGCUCACGGCCGCCACGGGUUCUAAUGGAGCCGUGGACAGCGCCGCAGAUCGACCGGCGUGGGACUCCAAGAUUCAAUAUGUGCUGGCGCAGGUGGGCUUCAGCGUGGGCUUAGGAAACGUGUGGAGGUUUCCUUACCUCUGUCACCAAAAUGGAGGCGGGGCCUUCAUGCUGCUGUAUAUUUUUCUUUUACUGAUUGUGGGAGUUCCCUUGUUCUUUAUGGAGCUGGCUGCAGGCCAGAGUAUUCGGCAGGGGAGCAUCGGUGUGUGGAAACACAUCUCCCCCAAACUGGAGGGGAUUGGCUACUCCAGCUGUGUGGUUUGCUUCUAUGUAGCCCUAUACUAUAAUGUCAUCAUUGCAUGGAGUCUCUUCUACUUGGGCAAUUCUUUCCAGUAUCCGCUCCCUUGGCACCACUGUCCAAUUGAUGUAACCAUCAAUGACACAGUGAAAGAAUGUUCAAGCAGCUCCCCAACGUCGUAUUUCUGGUUUCGAAAAGCUCUCAACAUCACAAACUCAAUAGAGGAGUCUGGAGAGUUUAACCCCAUCAUGACGGGCUGUUUGCUGGCUGCAUGGGCCAUUGUGUCUCUGGCUAUGAUCAAGGGCAUCAAGUCCUCUGCAAGGGUGAUGUACUUCUCCUCUGUCUUUCCGUAUGUUGUGCUCUUUAUUUUCCUCAUCAGAGGGUUAUUACUGGAUGGUGCUAUGGAUGGAAUCACCUACAUGUUUUAUCCUCGAUUGGAGAUCUGGGGUAACGUGCAGGUGUGGCGGCAGGCAGCCACGCAGGUGUUUUUUGCACUGGGUUUGGGCUACGGCUCCGUCAUCGCUUAUUCCUCCUACAAUCCAGUUCAAAACAACUGCCACAGGGAUGCACUAAUGGUGUCCUGCAUCAACUUCAUGACGUCCGUGCUGGCCUCACUGGUGGUUUUUGUUGUGCUGGGUUUCAGAGCCAAAACGACCGCACUCCACUGUGUGGCCGAAAAUAUUAGGUUGUUAAACCUCAAGAUGGCAAAUGAAUCGCAUCAACCCUGGUUGCCUCAUUUCAACAUGACCGACCCGAGCUCAGUGUCCAUACCUGCGUACAGGGAGUGGUACAGUCAGUACAGAUCCUUUCUGGGCCCAACUAUCACGGACUGCAAUCUAGAGGAGGAGAUGAACAAGGGUGUUGAAGGGACCGGCUUGGCAUUCAUUGCCUUCACUGAGGUGAUGGCUCUUUUUCCUGGAAGCCCCUUCUGGUCCUCUCUGUUCUUUUUGAUGCUGCUCAACCUGGGCCUCAGCACCAUGUUUGGGACCAUGCAGGGAAUCCUGACACCUCUCAUGGACAAUUUUAGCCUCCUCGGGCGCCACCGAACUUUACUCACAGUGUCUAGCUGUGCUUUGGGCUUUCUUAUUGGAUUAUUGUUCACCCAGCGAUCUGGCAACUACUUUGUGACUAUGUUUGAUGACUAUUCUGCAACUUUACCUCUGGUUAUUGUUGUGAUUUUUGAGACGAUCAGUGUGGCGUGGGUUUACGGCACAGAUCGCUUUUUAGAUGAUAUUGAAAUCAUGCUCAAGUGGCGCCCUCCGGUGGUGUACAAGUAUCUGUGGAAGUAUGUGUGCUUACUGGCCAUGGUGGGUCUUUUGGCUGCCAGUUUGUUGCGUAUGAUCUUCAAGAGGCCCACAUACACUGCCUGGAAUCAACAAACGGCUUCUGAGACGACUCUCGAGUACCCAGGUUGGGCCCUGGCUAUGAUCAUCUCACUCAUAGUCUUUGCCAGUUUGCCGGUGCCUAUCGGCUACAUUCGUUCCGUGUUAAAAAGCCGCAGCAUGCGUGCCACUCCAUCCCCAGAAGGACCUGGCCGUGAGAUGCACCGUGAGCUGUACACCCAUUGCAACUCCACCGAUCAGCUGGAGUCCAACUCUCACCACGCUCCCCCUCAGGAGGACGCGGGUCAUCACAGGAUCGGCUUUCUGCCAGUCGGCAAUGAGCAGUACCAGCUUCUGCCCCAACAGGAGGAUGAGGAAGAGGAGGAGCAAGAUACGGGGGUCUGAAAGUGCUCAAGACUUCGUUUGUGAUAGGACAGUAUUUUAAACCAAAUUGUUGGAGGAAAAGUCGUGGAAUAACAAGCUUUUAGACUUUAAGGGUUUACAGAUUUGCUCUUUAUCAGAGGAGGAAUCUGUGUUUCAGCUUUAUCUUCAGCAAAUACUAAAGUGUGGAUGAGCCAAAUAAUCUGUAUAUAAAUGCUGGUGAAUUAAAAGGAAUGUUCAAUCUUCUUUUUCUUUAAAAAGAAGUAUUUACGGUAUUCAUAGAGCAAAAAAACCCCAAAGGACUUGAUGCUUUUUCAAAGAAUAUUUUAUUUCAAUGUAUGAAAUGGAUCAACCACCAACUCAUCCAACUGGGUUUGUCCAGCUUGACGGUCAGAGAAAGCAGUUCAAAUAAGCUUUUAGUUUAGUUUUUUUUUUUAGCUGUGAUAGUUUCAGUUUGCAUGAAUUUCUUCUGAGCUGAGAAACUGGGAUGUGUUUGCAUGACUGCGUGGGCGUGUGUGUUUAAACAUUUCUGUUGAGAACAAAAAUAAGUUACAUUUAGAAAGCAGUGUAUUACAGCUGGUUCAUUUUACCUCGCAAAACGGUGGCAAAGUUUGUACGUGUCUUCCAGCAAAUAUGCAAUGUAGCAGUGUUGUACGGAGGGCUGUGGCAACUUGAAUAAACAUCUGGACGGCAUCAGCUUGAA